AAAACAUCUCAACUCUUCUCAUCGAUGAACGAGCUUUUCUACUGCUGAAAUUAGGCGUAAACAAACUUUUCUUUGUGUGGAUUCGCUUUUCAAUUUCAGCUAUCUUAUUAAAGUAUAAGCUGAAGUUUCUUUAUCUUUGAUAUUUAAAUUAUUUAUUGUAACUUUGUUUUGUCGUAAAGCUCAACAAAAUGUCUUCUCAAAAUUCUGUGAGAAGAGCUACACACGCUGGUAGCUGGUAUGUCAGUUCAGCAAAAGAACUGAAUAACCAGCUUGAAAAUUGGCUUAAUAUUGCUGGUGAACCAAACCAUAGUCCUGCUCGAGCUAUAAUAGCUCCGCAUGCUGGGUAUCAAUAUUGUGGUGCUUGUUCUGCAUUUGCCUAUAAACAAAUUGACCCCACCAAUGUGAAGCACGUAUUUAUUCUGGGUCCUUCUCAUCAUGUACGCCUAAGUGGUUGUGCCUUGUCCCCUGUCAGAAUUUAUCGCACCCCACUUGGUGAUCUUUCCAUUGAUGAAGAGAUUUAUGAUGAACUGUACAGUACACACCAAUUUGAAGAAAUGAGCCUUCUCACUGAUGAAGAUGAGCAUAGCAUUGAAAUGCAUCUUCCAUUUGUUGCUAAAGUGAUGGAAAAUCAUCAAUUCACUAUUGUGCCUGUCAUGGUUGGAUCAUUAAACCCAGAGAAAGAAAAUAUCUAUGGCAAAAUAUUCAGUCGUUACCUGGCAGACCCAUCUAAUCUGUUUGUUGUUUCAUCAGAUUUUUGUCAUUGGGGUGCCCGCUUUCACUAUCAAUACUAUGAUAAGUCAUGGGGACAAAUAUAUCAAUCAAUUGAAAAGUUAGAUGAAAUGGGCAUGAAUAUCAUUGAAGAGAUGUCUCCCACAGGCUUUUCUUCCUACUUAAAAAAAUAUGGCAAUACAAUAUGUGGUCGCCAUCCAAUUGGAGUUUUACUAAAUGCUGUUUCAUUAUUGCAACAACAAGGCAAUGGACUUAAACCCUCCUUGAAAUUCCUGAAAUAUGCUCAGUCUAGCAAGUGCCUUAGUAACUAUGAUUCCUCUGUCAGCUAUGCUGCUGCUUCCCUUGUGUUUGCUUGAUAGUAGUUGUCUGAUUAGUUAGACAAAGAACUAUUAAAUGAAGUUUGUAUAUGAGCUCUUUUUAUUUGAUAGCUGUUUUGGCAAAUAUCUUUGCAAUAUAUAAUCGAGGUGGUACUACACAGUGGACAGAAUUUAUCUUCUUUAUUUGUUAUCAUGCUGAACUUAUGAUAUGAUAAAACUAUCAGUUUUUUUUUUACAUUUUUGUUUUUACUGAAAGGUGUGAAGCAAGAGUUGUGAAAUAUGCCCACUAAAUAAUUUUGUUCGGUGCUUUAUAAACUGUUAAAAAAGUACUUUUUACCUUAGUCAGAAAAAAAGGUAUCUUUCUUUCAUAUAAGUUUUUAGGACUUAAAAAGGUGUGUGAUGUACAGUAGUCUCCACUUAAUGUGAUCGCGGUUAAUGUUAUAAUUCGCGCACAUUGCUAUUGAAAUCAAUUGGUCUAGAUUUUCUCCAUUUAUUUGUAUGUUCCAAUUAUCACUUUCUGUGAUUAUUUCAUUGUGUAAUGUUAUCAGCAUUUUUAUUUGCCUUUUCGAAAAGCAGAAAAUUUAACAUUUGGUUCCAGUAUUAGAGGAAAACAUUGUUUUCUAGAAAAUUCAUGUUCACUAGAAAAUGUGUACAAUGCUAAAGAUACUAUGUUUUGCAAAACAUUACCAGAACAUGCAUUAUUAAGUGAUGAAAUGUAAAGUACAAUGCCGCUCGGAUGAUUUUAAAAAACAAUAUGAUUAAGAACAGCUUAUAAAUGAGCUGCUUCUUUGGAAAAAUAAUAGACAAUGAACAAGUGUUGAUUUUAAUUAAUGUUUUUUUUUUUCUUCAUAUUUUUAUGUAUUGAUGAAAAUAUACAGUCAUAAAUAUGAGUUUUUUAAAAAUUUUGUUUUGAAACUCAAUAUGUGUGAGUUAAAUCUGGAAAUAAUCUAAUUUAGUAAUUUAUGUAUUGUUAUCAAUCUGUUUAUAUUAUCAAAAUCAUUGUGUCCCAAAGUGAUCACAUUAACAUGAAACUACUGUAUAUUUACAUUAUGUGUACCCUUUUAACAAUGAUUCACAGACAAUUUUUCUAAUAUUUUAGUGAUAAUAAUAACAUUAUUGUAAAGAUUUACAAUGUAAUUAUUACUAUAUUUUCUUCAUACUUGGUUUUGUGUAUUAUUGAACGAGGUAUCUUGUUAAAUGUUUUAUAUUUUUCUUGUAGAAUGAUUGUAUUAAAAAAAAAAAAAUCUAAGCUGUGUACAAGUUUUGAAUAUCAUUGUUUCAUAAUAGCUGUAGCUCUGAGCUAUUUAAAGGAUGCUGAACAGAUAUUCAGAGCUUAAAAAUUGCAAAUAAAAUCACAUAAAAUAAUUUCUAACAUUGAUGCUUCUAAAUAUUGAUGCUUUACAUUUCCAAAUUUGUGGAAGAAAAAAACAUCUUUAUUACUUCUACAACAUAUUUUAAACUUAGGAGAAAUAAAAUUCUUGAUUGAAGCAAUAAAGAUAAUGUUCUUAGAUAAUGUUUCAAUACAAAAUUUUCUUAGUCAGAUACAAUAAAAUGUUCUUUUUUUUCCUUCCCAAUUUUGUUGGAUUUCGUUAAGUUUUUAACUGUUCUAUAUCUAUCUUUUAUCGUGAACGAUAGUUUGAAUUGAACUAUGGUGAGACUGAAGGAAAGCCUAAAUUUCUAUUGUGGAAAAUUAUUUGAUCAUACAAAAUUUCAUGUUUUUUUUUUUUUUUAAAUUUCUGAAAUAAUUCAUUUACAUAAUUUCUUUUCUGUUUUAAGAAGUUCGUAUUUGUUACACAACUGCAUUAUAUUCAAUAUGAAAAACAAAUUUGAAAAAAAUGUUUCAAUAAAAAUUAAAAAAUGAUCUACUUUAAAUUUUUUUUAUUCAAACUGGGGUCUUCAUAACUCAAGAUCAUUCCCUCUUUCUUAUUAUAGAAGACUAAAACAGUUUCAUAUGUUUCUAACGAAGUAAAUUUUAAUAUUUUAUUUAUAGAAAUAUAGCUACUUGUUAUGGCAUCUGAAUUUCUUAAUGUAUUUCAAAAGUAGAAGGUUAUAUCAUAUUUCUGAUUAUAUUAAAUUGUCAAUUUUAUCUUAUAACCAUUUUAAUUUUUUCAAAUUAACCAUAAAUUAUUUAAUAGAACAUUGUUCUUUUGAUUUCACAGAAAAAGUUUGACUAUCCAGCUAAUCCUGGAAAAACAAAAUUUUAGAUAUUUGAAUGCUGGAAAUCUCAAUUGUCUAUUUUACCAAAUUUUUUGGAAAAAAGAUGAAAUUUUAUCUGGAAUGACGCUUAGUUUAUUCAUAAAAAUUGAGAUACAAUAUUAGAGAGAAGCAGAAAAUAAUUGGUCACAUUAAAAACUCUUACUCAUUUAUUUAAACAUCUAAAAUAUCACAUCUCUAUGUUAUUCUAUUAAAUAAGGAAGAAAUGAUUUGCCAUCAUAAAAAUGCUGAAAAAGUUAUAAUAGACAUUAAAGAGAAAGCUGUAUGAAAAAUAAAUUAAAGAAAAAUGAAAUUCGAAGUUGAAAAAAGCAUGAAAGGAACAGAAAGAAAAUUGUUUUUAUUUCUUCAUAAUAAUCUUUUUUUAGUACUUUAGACCUAAGUCCAAUGUAUAAAAAUUUUUUUUUUGUAAUAUAAACUUUUGAAAAUUCUGUUUAUCUGAGCUUUGUGGAUAGUCAAAUUUUUAUUAUAUUCCUAGUUAAUGAGCAUUUUUGCAAAAAACUGUAAAAACAACCUGUGUUCUGCUGCAUUUAUUCAUUUUAGCAUUGUACCACUGAAAUGUCCAUUGGUUGUAGUACCAUAUACUUGACUAUUAACAUGUGAUAAGUUUUCUAUAUUUUUGGUACAGAUAAACCUGCCUUUGCACAAUA